AUGGAUCCCGCUACAUACGUGGAUCCUGAGCUUACCAUCGCAGAUCAUCUGGUCCUCGACACACUCGUUGAUAAACCAGGAUCAAAUGGGGAGACAAAAUCGUCAUCAUCACAACCAAAACCUAGUGAUGAAGAUGUCAUCCAAAAACUUCAGGACAUGAAUGAUGCAUCGCAUCCUGAUUUUGAUCCUACUAUCUUCCAGUUUUGGGAUACCCCUGUGCUUCGGGCUAAGCUGCCUGCGGCUCUUCAGCGCUAUGUCUUGCAGCCCUAUCAAAAAUGGGCCCAGAGAGUCGUACGCGUUCCCACCGAUGUUGUCAUGUUGACACAUCUCUUGCUAUAUUUCACUACUAUUGUUCCCAGUGGCAUCUUCUUAUAUUAUCGCUUUUCCUGGGUACAUGGCAUUCUGCAUUGGGUCAUGCAAUUAUGGUACUGUGGAGCAUUCACCUUGAUGAAACACCAACACAUUCAUAUGAACGGUGUCCUGGCUCCACAAUAUUGGAUUUUUGACACGCUCUUCCCCUACGUGUUAGACCCAAUGCUAGGACACACGUGGAAUUCUUAUUACUACCACCAUAUCAAGCACCAUCAUGUUGAGGGCAAUGGCGAGGAGGAUCUGAGCACAACCAUGUUCUACGACCGUGACAGUGGUUUUGACUUUGCUUGUUACGUUGGGCGAUUCAUCUUCUUCAUUUGGAUGGAACUUCCUCUCUACUUUUGGAGGAAGGGCCAGGUCAAAUAUGCUUGCAGGGCUGCAUUCUGGGAGCUUGGCAACUACGCAGCCAUCUACCUUCUCUACAACUACGUCAAUGCUCGCGCGACACUUUUCGUGCUCAUUCUACCACUCACAGUCAUGAGAUGUGGCCUCAUGGUAGGAAAUUGGGGCCAGCACGCUUUCGUUGACCCCAUUGACCCCGACUCGGACUACCGCUCGAGUAUUACUCUAAUUGAUGUUCCGAGCAACCGAUACUCCUUUAACGAUGGGUACCACACUUCUCACCACUUGAACCCUCGUCGCCACUGGAGAGAUCACCCUGUAGCAUUUGUCAAGGGCAAAGACCGCUAUGCAGAGGAAAGGGCUUUGAUCUUCCGAAACAUCGACUACAUCUUCAUUACUGUGUACCUGUUACGCAAAGACUAUAACCACCUGGCGAAGUGCCUUAUCCCGAUAGGUGACCAGGUUAACAUGACUCUGGAGCAACGAGCAGAAAUGCUGCGCAGCAGGACUCGACGAUUCCCGCAUCCCAACGCGAAGAAACAUCGCUAG